AUGCCUCCAACCUUGCCGGAUUUCUCUAACUCCGUUAAGCUCAAGUAUGUUAAACUUGGCUAUCAAUACCUUGUAAAUCACAUUUUAUACCUUUUGCUGAUACCUGUUAUGGUUGGCAUUCUCAUUGAGGUGCUUCGUUUAGGCCCUGAUGAAAUCUUGAGCUUAUGGAGAUCACUCCAUUUUGAUCUUCUCCAAAUUCUGUGCUCAUCUUUUCUCAUCAUCUUUAUUGCUACUGUCUAUUUCAUGUCCAAGCCAAGAACUAUCUACCUUGUUGACUAUGCUUGUUACAAGCCUCCUGUCACUUGCCGGGUUCCAUUUUCUACCUUCAUGGAGCAUUCCAGGAUGAACUUGAAGGAUAAUCCCAAGAGUGUCGAGUUUCAGAUGAGGAUUCUUGAGAGGUCCGGACUCGGUGAAGAGACUUGUUUGCCUCCUGCAAUUCAUUAUAUUCCUCCAAAACCAACUAUGGAUGCUGCAAGAGGAGAAGCUGAGCUUGUUAUCUUCUCUGCCAUGGAUUCUCUCUUCCAGAAAACAGGGCUUAAACCUAAAGAUAUCGAUAUCCUUAUCGUCAACUGCAGUCUCUUCUCACCAACACCAUCUCUAUCUGCCAUGGUUAUUAAUAAGUAUAAGCUGAGAAGCAACAUAAAGAGCUUCAAUCUUUCUGGCAUGGGGUGCAGUGCAGGGCUAAUUUCUAUCGACUUAGCUCGUGAUCUUCUUCAAGUGCAUCCAAAUUCAAAUGCUGUUGUGGUUAGCACAGAAAUCAUCACACCAAACUACUACCAAGGAAAUGAGCGAGCUAUGCUUCUUCCAAACUGCCUGUUCCGCAUGGGAGGUGCUGCAAUUCUCUUAUCAAACCGCAGGUCUCACCGAUGGCGUGCCAAGUAUCGCCUAGUCCAUGUGGUACGAACCCACAAAGGCGCAGACGAUAAAGCUUACCGCUGUGUGUUUGAAGAAGAAGAUAAAGAAGGAAAAGUUGGAAUUAAUCUAUCAAAAGACUUGAUGGCUAUAGCUGGUGAGGCUUUGAAAUCCAACAUCACAACUAUUGGGCCUUUAGUCCUUCCGGCUUCUGAACAGCUCCUGUUUUUGUUAACUCUCAUUGGACGCAAAAUCUUUAACCCCAAAUGGAAGCCAUAUAUUCCUGACUUCAAGCAGGCUUUUGAGCAUUUCUGUAUCCAUGCCGGUGGCCGUGCCGUCAUAGAUGAACUGCAAAAGAACUUGCAGCUAUCUGCAGAGCAUGUAGAGGCUUCAAGGAUGACACUGCACCGAUUUGGCAACACCUCAUCGUCUUCACUUUGGUAUGAGUUGGGUUACAUUGAGGCCAAAGGCAGGAUGAGGAGAGGAGAUAGGGUUUGGCAGAUAGCUUUUGGCAGUGGAUUUAAAUGUAACAGCGCAGUUUGGAAGUGUAAUAGAACAAUUAAGACACCAACAGAUAGUCCAUGGGCUGAUUGUAUUGAUAAGUAUCCAGUUCACAUUCCUGAAGUGGUCAAGCUCUAG